AUGGACCGCGGGGCCGUGAGUUUGCAGGCCGAACUGAGACAGAAAGUUAGCGAAAUAAGGCAAAUUGUGACCGUGUACGAAUGGAUUGUCGAUGCGUACAUAGUGGAUUUCUUCCAGGAGAACCACUGGUCCAAUUUACCCGCGAGCUGGGCACAAUGUCUGGCCGGCGUUUCCAUACGGCAGCUACCUGAGCUGCUCCGUUCGGAUAGCAGACACACCGAGGUAACGGUCUGGCCACUGGCAAUGCUCGCUUUAAGAUCGUUGUUUCAUCGUUUAGAACUUCCCCGAGGGCGGCACCAGGCCGUAGCUGAUGCCGGGGCGCCCGAAUGCGUCUUCCAGCGGCAGGCGGCACUGUUUAGAAAAUCCGUCAAGCUAAAAAAGCGUCACGAGAUUGAACAGUUUGCUGUCAGUUGCCGGCACGAAACGGUCAACCGUCGCUGCCACGCACUGGUCGAUAUUGGUUCGGGACAGGGCAAUCUGGCCAGGGCGUUAGCUUACGGGUACGGGCUUCGCGUGUGUUGCAUCGAGCAGAACGGCACGUUUGUGCAGGCCGCCAGAGCGAAAGAUGUGAAACUAUGGAAAAGGUUGGUCCGAAUAGAACCAAAAGUAACGGACACAUUAGCGCACCCUGUUCACGUGCACGAAACCGUGGACCUGGAGCAUAUCGAGCCGGAACGGUUCGUUCGGAUGCUGCGCACGGCGCUGAACGUUCGUGAAGGCGACGAGUUUCGGUUUGGCCUGGUCGGUCUUCAUCCCUGCGGCGAUUUGGCACCAUCGCUGCUGCGGCUGUUCCUUGCCUGCCGGGACUGUACCUCGGUGCAACUGGUAUGUUGCUGUUACAUGAAACUAUCGUGCGUCCGAGCAUCCCCCGGGCCACUCAAGGUCGAUUACGGAUUCCCGUUGAGUAACUUGGGUCGCAAAACGCGCCUCUCGCUAAGCUACCAGGCAAGAGAGAUCGCUUGCCACGCCAACGAGCAGUACAGCGAUAGGCUGGUCGAAAAUUACCAAGAGCUAAAGAUACAUGCUUACCGGGCGGCUAUCGAAUGUAUUAUCGUGCGCCUGCGGCCGGACCUGAAGCACUCCGGGCUCAGGGGAGGCAUUAAGGCGGCCCAAGUUUCGUUCGAACAGUACUGUUGGCGAGCAGUCGAUGGAUUGGAUCUGACGGUGCCGAGCGACGAGAUACAUUCGCCCGAAGUGCACCACCGUUUGGAACGCUGGGAAGAGGUGGUGAAGUUUUACACGUUGCGGCUCAUGUUUGCACCCCUCCUGGAAAGUCUCAUCCUGUACGAUCGCUGGCUGUUUCUGCUUGAGAAAGGUGUUAACGCCAAAAUUGGUGUGCUUUUCGAUCCGAGAGCCUCUCCACGCAACCAUUCCAUCAUCGCUUUCAAGUGA